CGCCUUACGAUCUUAGCUUCCCUGUCCCACAGUCGUUACUGCUUAAGAUUAAACUAUAAACGUCACGCCAACACGUUAUAUUAUGUUUUAUUGAUGCGAAGUCGGAAAACAAUACAAUUGGUGAAUUUUCGUCCUUGUAUCGGUUUUGAAUUACCAGGAUCCAAACUGCAAUCAUAUAGGAGAGAUUGAACACGAAUCGCAGUCAUGAGAUACAGGCUGAUUUACACGUUGCUGACCACAGUGCAGGAACUUCUGUUCGGCAAGAAAUUGUUUUUCGAUUGGCAGCUCGGCGACAACUGGGCGUUGAAGAGCAUGGAGAUUUUGGACAAAGAUUUGGCGGCCGCCGAAAAGGACCGGAAAGACGUGGAUGGCCAGCGGUCCAACGACCCGAACGGGUCGGAGUACGUGUACCGUAGGCAGAUCGUCUGGUUCAACACCAUCGGGUUCCUUGUGCUCCACUUGGGCGCCUUGUACGGUCUGUACUUGUUCUUGACAUCGACGAUGGUACUCACCAUGUUGUGGACAUUGAUGGUAGCGGGCGCAAGUGCGUUUUCCGUCACUAUGGGCGCUCACAGGCUAUACACGCACAGGACUUUCAAAUGUAACGAUUGGGUGAAAGCUCUGCUGGUGUUCGGGCAGACGGUCGCUGGACAAAAUUGCUUGUAUGUUUGGAUCAGAGAUCACCGACAGCAUCACAAGUACAGCGACACGGUAGCCGACCCGCACAACGCGUCGCGUGGUUUCUUUUUCUCGCACAUUGGAUGGUUGAUGGUGCGCAAACAUCCGGAAGUCAUUGCAAAAGGCAAAAAGAUUGACAUGACCGACAUCGAAAUGGAUCCGUACGCUAUGUUUCAAAAAAAAUAUUACAAAAUACUGUUCACAAUUUUGGCCAUGCUGAUGCCGAUGGUCGUGCCAUUCGUCCUCUGGGGGGAAACCCUGUGGAAUGGCUUCUUCGUGUGCUUCCUGUUUCGGCUGAUGACGGUUUUGAACUUGACAUGGCUGGUCAACAGUGCUGCGCAUCUGUACGGCAACAAACCAUUUACCAAUGACAUAAUGCCCGUGGAAAACGUUUACGUGUCCAUGUUCGGGCUGGGCGAGGGCUGGCAUAACUAUCACCAUUCGUUCCCGUGGGACUACCGGGCCGCCGAGUUCGGUCAGUACUUCAAUCUGACCACCAUGCUGAUCGACUUUUUCGAAGAGAUGGGCUGGGUGUGGGACAAGAAGUACGCGACGCCCGCCAUGGUCCGGAGCCGGGUGACCAAGCGCGGGGAUGGCACGCACUGCAAGUACAACCGACCGCAGUUGAAGGAAAGCGGCGACUCGUCCGAACCGGUGGCGGACGACGAGACUUACGAGGAGCUGUUCUGGCUGGAGGAACGGUCGGCUGCGACCGCCGAGCGUACGGCCGAGGCUCAGAAGGGCUGAACUACGUUGCCACGCGUAUAUAUAUAUCAGUUAAACUAUAUAUUACUUAUAUCUAUAUAUAUAUUUAUACAUUAUAUGAUAAUAAUAAUUAUCAUUAUUAUUAUACGUCACCAGAGGAUAUUUUUUAGAAACUUUUUUUUUUUCUUUUAUUUUAUGUAUGAACUUUUGUAAUAUUAUAUAUCAAUUUACGUA